GCGGCCCGGGCUGCUGUGCGGCGGCUCCGCUCCCGCCUGGGCCGCGGCCGCGCGCCCUCCCUUCGGGGAGGAGGAAGAGGAGGGAGGAGGAGCGGCCUGAGGAGGGCCGAGCGCGGCAGUCGCGCCGCCGCCGCCGCCGCCGCCGGGAGGAAACGGAGCCGGCGGCCGCAGGGUUUUCAUUGUGUAUGGGGGAAUGGUAGUAUGCUCAUCAGAUUUUUGUCAACUGGACACAAGCUACAGUUAUUUGGGAAGAGGAACUCUAAAUUGAGAAAAUGCCUCCAUAAGGUUUGCCUGUGGAAAAUAGCUCCAGAGGUUAAAUGAAGCUGGGCAGAGUUCAUCCAUGAAGCAUCACAGCCCCUCCCGAUGUUUGGGGAUAGUUGCUCCAGAGAGAAAUUGACCCGUUUGGAUUAGGUAACUAGUCACAAUGAAGAAAAUUAGUUUGAAAACUUUCCGGAAAUCUUUCAACCUGAGUAAAAGCAAAGACGAAACCGAGUUCAUGGUGGUUCAGCCCCAGUCCCUCGCUGGCGACUUCGUGAAAGAUGACUCCUUAUUUGGGAGCUGCUAUGGCAAGGACAUUGCCAGCUGCGACAUUGGCAGUGAGGAGGAGAAAGGGAAGAACAGGUCCAAAAGCGAAAGCCUGAUGGGCACCUUGAAGAGGCGAUUGUCCGCCAAGCAGAAGGGCAAGGGCAAGGGCGGGACUGCACCUACAGACGAGGACACCUUCUCCUCGGCUUCAGCGCCCGGGGGCCUCAAGGACGUGCGUGCCCCACGGCCCAUCCGUUCUACAUCACUGCGCAGCCACCACUACAGCCCCACACCCUGGCCGCUGAGGCCCACCAGCUCGGAGGAGACAUGCAUCAAGAUGGAGAUGCGGGUGAAGGCCCUGGUGCAUGCUGCCAGCCCAGGCCCUGUCAAUGGUGUGCGCAAGGAGCUGCGGGAGCUGCAACCCAAGGAGUUGCGGGACCUGCAGCCCAGAGAGCUAAGGGACCUGCAGCCAGAGCCACGCCCUGAGUCCCGCUGCAGCCCUGGUUCGCCCAGGGACCUGCGCCUCCAUCUGGAGGAACACGUGCCUGUAGUUAUCGGACUCAUGUCUCAGGACUACCUUCAGUACACCGUGCCUUUAGAAGACGGGAUGUGCCCUCUGGAAGGGCCGCGCAACUGCUGCCUGGACACGUCCUCGCCCAUGGAGGUGUCGGCCGUGCUGCCAGGGGCCAGCGCCUUCUCUGAAGACGACAGUCAGGUGGACCAGGACCUGGUUGUAGCCCCGGAGAUCCUUGUGGAUUCUUCGGUGAACAACUUGUUGAUUGGCACCACAGGAGUCAUGUUGCAGAACCCUAGAGCAGGUCAUGACGAUGCCCCUCCCCUCUCACCAUUGCUACCUCCAAUGCAGAAUAACCCAAUCCAAAGGAACUUCAGCGGCCUCUCAGGCCCGGACAUGCACAUGGCCGAAAGCGUGCGCUGUCAUUUGAAUUUCGAUCCCAACUCUGCACCUGGGGUUUCAAGAGUUUAUGACUCGGUGCAGAGCAGUGGGCCCAUGGUUGUGACAAGUCUUACGGAGGAGCUGAAGAAGCUUGCAAAACAGGGGUGGUAUUGGGGUCCUAUCACACGCUGGGAGGCAGAGGGGAAGCUGGCAAACGUGCCUGAUGGUUCUUUUCUUGUUCGGGAUAGUUCCGAUGACCGCUACCUUUUAAGCCUGAGCUUUCGUUCCCAUGGUAAAACACUUCACACUAGAAUUGAGCACUCAAAUGGUAGGUUCAGCUUUUACGAACAGCCAGACGUAGAAGGGCAUACAUCUAUAGUUGACUUAAUUGAGCAUUCAAUCAGGGACUCUGAAAACGGAGCAUUUUGUUAUUCACGGUCACGGUUGCCAGGAUCUGCGACUUACCCGGUCAGACUGACUAACCCAGUGUCCCGGUUCAUGCAGGUGCGCUCUCUGCAGUACCUGUGCCGCUUCGUCAUACGUCAGUACACCAGAAUAGACCUGAUUCAGAAACUGCCUCUGCCAAACAAGAUGAAGGAUUAUUUGCAGGAGAAGCACUACUGAGAGAUUAGGAGCCCUGCUUCUUGCACUUUGGGGUUCAGAAACAAGACUGGAGUACAGUUUACAGACUUACAUCGCCAUUGAAGUCUUUGCUGCCAUAACUAUUUUAGUUUUUAUGUCUGAAAGGGUCAUCAAUUUGUUCAGGGUUGGGGAAGUGUCUGCAAGGUGUCUUGAGUUUAUUUUGAUUCUUUGGAAAGGGUUGUCUUGAGUCUUGAGGAUCUAGAAGUGUGAGUUAUCUUUCUUUAAUGUAAUAAUCACAAUGUGAAUGACCAGAUUCUCCCUAAUGCCCCCCCCAGUCCUUUGCUGCUAUCCACUGUGAUUCUUAUGCAUUAAAGCACAUUUCAUGUGUGUUCAACCCUAAGUAAAGUUGAAUGAAACGUACAGAAUAAAAAUUGCUAUGACGUUAAAUGGCCCAGUUGAAUAAAUGUGUGGGAUAAAACAUAUUUACAUGUACACUGAAAAAUGAUUUUUUUAAGUCUCACACUUUAAAAAAGAUUUAUUCAGAAUUUUGAAUUGACACAGUCUUGGUUAAUGGAAUGUAAAUCUGCAACAUAUCUUGUACAACACUUUUCUAAAUUAUUUUCUAAGGAUGUGAUAGUUGUUUUGAAUUUUUCUGUUGCCUUUGUUUUCAUCUUGUGGUUUGUCUCUUUUGAUAAAUGGCCUUACAUUAAAAAUUGUAAACAAAUAUAUACCCAAUUUAGAAAUUGUUGCCUUUUCUGUCAUUAAACUCGGGUACAAAUUGGCAUAACUUAAAGCCCUGUAAAGCCCAAACCAUUGUUACAAAAGUGAGAUAACCCUGGUAUCUUGUGAGCAGUGUGUAUGAGUGUGUGUAUGAGAGAGGUUCUUUCAGUUAAAUGUUUGAUCUGUGAUUUCUUUAGUCAAUACUUUUCUCCAUAAACUUGACAAAACAAGUUUCAUAAAUGAGUUGUAUUUUCUUACAUUAAAGUUUAUAUAAAGUUGUAAAUUGAUUUGAAUAGAAAAGUUAUUUUGAAUUUGACUUAUCUUUCUUCUAUGUAGUCAUUAGAGUGUGCUGGGGUUUGACCAUUCUGUCCCCAAAAUAACCCUGACUGACAUCGAUUAAAUAAUUGGAAAUUGUGUUGCAUUGUGUGAGAAAAACUGUAAAACCAUAUCAGAUAUGCAAAAAUAGUUUCCUGCUGUGACUGCCCUUUGAAGAUUAUGCUAAUUCUUAAGUAACUUGGCAUCUCUUUUUUUUUUUUAUCAUUGUGUUGGAGAAUGAUGUGCCAGGUUUUAAAGCUUAUUUUGGAAUAUAGACUGUUAAGUUCAGAGUUCUGCAAUGGUGUUACUAAAACUUUUAAGUGAUAGUAUUUGAAGAUUGCCCCAUUCAGAAAGUAUUUCCAGCUACACAUGCUUUAAAAAAAAAAAAAAAUCACAAGGGGAAAGGUCUUAAGGUCAAACUUUCUGGCUUUGUCAUCCAAACAUAUAUGUAUCUUUAAAUUUUUCUCUAUUUUUCUAGGGUUAGAAUUGAGAUAUUACAAGAAAAGGCACAAUGCCAUUGUGUUACAGUGUUAAUGGCAUCUUGACUUCUAAGGAGCAAGGUACUUACUUUUGAUGGAAUGUUGGUUGGACCUUGUUACAAAGAUUUUCAUUUUCUGAUGUCUUUCAUCUAAUAUGAUGGAAUAUGGAGUAUAUUGUAAUAAUACAUGCAUUCAUUAUAAGCUGUUGGAGUAAGAACUAUUGCAGAGUUGUAGGCUUGUUAUCAAAUUAAUGCAAGACACUUAACUAUUUUUUUGGAAAACUAUUUAUUUUUAAACAACUGAAAAUAUAUCUAGGGUGAAAGUCUCUGCAUCUACGUUAGAUGGCAGGUGUCACAUAGUCACCGUAUUGAUGGUGAAUGUCAAGAUGGCUUCAUAUCUCAGAAACAUGCACAUGUUCUCAAGAUCAUGGCUCACUAAAGUCUCUGGACUGUCCCCAACAUGUCUCACAUGAACAUAGCUUGUUUCCUACUCUUUCUCAUGGUGCCCUGUGUUUUGGAUCUACCCAUUAAAUGUCAAGAGUAUUCUGAUUUUCAUCUAAAUCUUUCUAAUAAUAAAUUUUGUGUUAUUUUUAGGGCAAUCUUUAUUAUAAAAAACAACUUUUGAUACUUAAUAUUAAAAAAACAACUUUUCAUACUUAAUAUGACCUGUCCUAAUUCAAUUUGAAAUCAUCAGGUUCUGAUAGUUUAUGAAUAAAAAUCAGCAUUUAUUGAGAAAUCAGAUUCACAGAAAGGUGUAUUAUCAGUAUUUUUGUUUUUUUGUAGCCAAGACAUCCAUUUGACAGAAAUAAGAAACAGUGGGAAAUAAUGGCUUUGUAGGAUGCUGUCUGUUAAAAAUGGAAAGAGAAAGAUUGUCCUUGUCUUGUAUCUUGGCUUAAAUAGAAGUUGGUUAACUUUCUGGGUUUCUUUGAACUUAGAUGAUACAAAUACAACCUGUAAGCUGUUCUUAAAUCUGCACAUUUAAAAUUCCUAGGUUAAGGCAAGAAAAUAGCAAGCAGGAAAGCUGCGUCCAUUUGUAACAAGUGAUUCAGUUUUUUUACUCAAAUAUUUCACCACUAAACUUGCUGAAGGCUGGAAGUUACUUUGGGGCUUCCUAAGACACUUAACACAUUUUUAUAAAUAUGAGAACUACAGAAAGUACUUGAAAACUACCUUGUUUUCUCUAAGGAAGACUGUUUUCUUUCUACAUGGUGCAAUAAUCUGAAAAUUUAGGUCACAUAUCAUAGUAAAUAACCAUGGAACUAAAAAAUAAUUUUAAGGAAACCAGCUACAGAGGGCAACCGUCUCGCUGUUGAAUAAAAUCAUGUGCCAUAAAGGCUAACUCAUUGGCAUUAAGGAGAUAAAACAAAGUAUAUGUCAUAGUUUCUGAGCCAGUAUUACUGAAAUAGGACAGCAGUUACUGAAAUCUUACCGGUUUAUGCAGUUUCUUUCCUAGUGCUAAGUAUCUCUAACUGCUUUCAGGAAUGCCAACUUUAAUUACUGUACAUUUCACUUUAUAUAUGAAAGAAACUUUUAUGAAUGAUUCAAAAUAAUAUGUUUUGAUUUAAAUCUGAAUUUCUUUCAUUGAAUGUGAAGGGUUAAUUGGAAAAUGAAAUGACAUUACCAGCAAUAGACAGUUUUGUUGAAUAUUCUUUAAUGAAGAACAGUUGCCACUUCCACAAAUAACUUUAAAAUUAUAAAGGUAUUGGUACGUUAAUAAUAAAAUUUGAUUUCUUUUAAUACUUUUUUAAUCCUGUAAAGUUUUUAUAACAUCCUUUUUAUUGAUCAGUCAUAAUAUAACAAGGCAAAUAUGUACUUUUUUUGAAAAGCGACCCAAAUUCUCCAACCAGAGAGGAUGAGGAGGUCUUAGAAUUUCAUAACAGUAUGUAUUCAUGUUGGGGUAAAGAAGUCUCAUAGUUGGUGUGCUAUGAAAUUAAUACCUGCAAUCCAGAUUGCUGUAGUUUACACUUUGUAUGUUUCAAAUCAGGUGUGUACUGUUUGUACUGAGAACACCACAGAAUGAACUAUCCAAAGUCCAUUGAUUUAAUAAGUGUUUUGGUUUGUAAGCGAAGUAUAGUAAUUUCUUGCACAUUUUUUGGAAAUCAAUUGUAUAAAAAAUUAUGUAUCUGCUUCUAGAUACAGUGUGUAAAUAAAAGUUUCAUUCACAACA